GCGGAACAAAGAGAAAAUUAAGGAAACCAAGCUCCUACAGCACUGACAAUCACAGGGUGGUGAAGUAAUAAAGUCAAGAUAAAGAGAAGAAGGAUUAACAUAAUGUUACAAAAACUAUAUCCUGGGGACUUGAUAAAUUAAUCAAUGGCUACACAAGAAUAUGAGGAAUAGGGAAAGGAGAUGAUAACAUGGCCUGUUGAUCCUGCUCUGCCUUCAGUAUGAUCCUGAUGCAUUUUGGGCUUGUGCUCCAACUCCACUUUCCUGCCUGCUUCCAUAUUCCUUGAGACCAAAAUCUGUCAAUUCCAGUCUUAAAUGUAUUCAACCUUGGAGUCUCCACAACCUCCUGGGCUAGAGAAUCCCAAAAAUUCAAAACCCUACAAGUGCAGAGGUUUCUCCUCAUCUCAGUCCUAAAUGAUUUGUCCCUUCAGAGGGAGACUCUGCAUGUUGGAUUCCCUGACCAGUGGAAAAAUUCUGUCAAUAUCUGUUCAAUCAAACUCCUUCAAAAUAUGGCAUGUUUUGAUGAGAUUACCUCUCUCUUUACUGAACACUGGACAAUACAGAUCUAAUGUGCUCAGCCUGUCAUCAUAAGGGCAGCCCCUUAUCCCAGUGACUAAUUGGUGAAUCUUUGCUGCACUGCUUCCAAUGGAGGUAUAUAUUUCUCUUGAAUAUGGAGACUAAAACAGCGUACAGCACUCCAAGUACUUUAAUUUAAAUCAUUGUGGCCUCCGACAAUCCUGGGAUAUCUCUGAACUUCUCCAGUUCUGCUAUUGAUUUCUUGGGCAAAUAGCCUAUUUUGGUGUCCUGAAAUUCCAAUUUUAGAGAAGUGAAGUAUUUUGCUUCAGAAAAAAACCUUGACAUUGACAUUGAUCUUGAUCAUUGAAAACUUUACUUCCUCACUUGUUUUCUAUCUUCCAAAUCCCAUUCAUCCAUCACCCCUGUGCUUGCUGAUUUACAUUUUCUCUCAGUAUAGAAAUGCCUUUAUUUUGAAAUGUUGACUUUUGUGUAAAAUUACGCCAUAGUUUUGCUUCUCUUGAUCUCUAUAAACUCAUCCAGCCUCGUGUAUCAGCCAUGCCUCGGUUGGUAAUACGCUCUUGCCUCUGAGUCACAAGAUUAUUGGUUGAACUCCCAUACCAGGGGACACUCACAUUUCUCCACUGACGGAAUGUUACAAUGUUAGAAAUACUAUCUUUUGGAAGAGAUGUUAAAUAGAGUUUUUAUCUACCCUCUCUCGUCCAUGUAAAAGAUUCAAUGGCAUGUUUUGGAGAAGAUCAUGGGAGUUAAAUUUGGUAUCUAGGCUGAUUAUUUAUUGCUCAGUUGCUGUUUGUGGGAUCUUGUUUUCCAUACAUUACCAUAAUUAUAGACCUUCAAAAGUACACCAAUGGCUAUAAACACUCUUACAAUCUCCUGAAGUCAUGAAAGGCCCUUUAUAAUUUAAAUCUGUCCUUCUUUUUCAGUGCUGUGCCAUAAACUAGCAGGAAUGCACUUGAUUUCACCAAUCACCUUCAGUGAUGAGUUUAGCACAGUUAGGCUGCAGCACAAUCAGGCUUUUACAAACUUGCUACAAGCAGUGAGCAACGGCUUGUAUCGACAGGGACAAGCUAUCAAUGGAGACGCAUCUACCCACCUCUCCUACAGAACAAGGGAAGCCCUGUUCCAGGGACAGACAUCUCGCUACAUGAAUGAGUUUGAAGAGAUUGAAAGACUGGGAAAAGGUAGUUACGGAAAAGUGUAUAAGGUUAGAAAUAAAUUGGAUCGACAGCUUUAUGCCAUAAAGAAGAUUCUUAUGAAGAAGAUUACAAGAUAUGACUGCAUGAAGGUGCUCAGAGAGGUUAAAGUUUUGGCUGGUCUACAGCAUCCACACAUUGUUGGCUAUCACACUGCUUGGAUGGAGCAUAUACAGCCGCCACCUCUGAAAAGUAACCAAAUACCUGUCAGCAAUUUAUGUGCAUUAAAAGGUCCCUCUGGUCAAGAAGAUUGCAGAGACUCUUCCAUCCAGAACAUAGAAACCAGUUCCUCGAGUAUCAUUUUUGCAGAAACAAGUUCUGUUGCAGGAGAGAGAGGGACUUUGUCAAGGAGCAAGCUGGUUGAGGAGGAGAUGUGCACAAACACAUCAUGGGGAAAUGACAAUCAAAUUUUCUUCUAUGAUGGGGACUGUGCAGCAAGCUGUGUAAAUGCUGGCAUAUAUCAGCUGCCAGCUUCCCUCCCGAGAGUGAAAAAUAUCCAGGCGCACUCUUCACUCCUUUCUUCGAAAUGUCCAAGUUUUGAAACAUGUGUAGUAAAGAACAAAUUGGACCCAUUGGUUGAAGCAGUGGAAACUGAGACAGAAGACAUUGAGAGAAAUAAGGAAAAAGUAACCGGUGCCAUAGAGGAGAUUUCAGGAUCAUCUUCCUACGCUAAUGCUAACUCAAGUCUGGAGGAUGGCUCAUUAUUCACAGACAUGCACGAUGAGUCCAAGGUGCAAUUCCACCUCAUGCUGCAUAUACAAAUGCAGUUGUGUGAGAGAUCCCUUCAAGAUUGGAUUUUGGACAGGAAUAGGAGAUCAACAGAGGGCCUAUCCCUUACAGAUCCAUUUAGUCUUGUGGAUCCAGAAUGCACUAUUCACAUAUUCCGGCAGCUGCUUGAGGGAGUGCAUUUCAUCCACUCCAAGGGUGUCAUGCACAGAGACCUGAAGAGUUGUUCUCCAUCACUGAGUGAUAUUAAAAACUACUUGGGCUCCAGUACCAAUUCCUACUGGAUGCAUGAAAAUAUAAAUUAA